GGAAGGCGACCUUGGGGACGCGCUACCGCCCGGGAGCCUUGAUCGGGAGCGGCGGCUUCGGGCGGGUGUUCGCGGGGACGCGGCGCAGCGAUGCUCUCCCGGUGGCUAUCAAAUACAUUGCCAAGGAGCAAGUCCUGCAGUUCGAUCACAUGAAUGGCACCCUUGUUCCUUUGGAAGUCCUCCUGCUGAAGAAAGUGUCGUCUCCGGGUUGCCGAGGCAUUAUCCGCCUUCUGGAUUGGUUCGAGCAGCCCGACUCCUACUUCAUUGUUAUGGAACGGCCCCCUGCGUCUCGGGACCUGUUCGACGUCAUCACAGACCGUGGACCGCUCCCAGAGAAUGUGGCUGCGAGCUAUUUCCGACAGGUGGUGGAGGCAGUGCGCCAUUGCCACAUGUGUGGUGUGUUGCACAGAGACAUAAAAGACGAGAACAUUCUGGUAGACCUCCUGCAUGGUGACCUAAAGCUCAUAGACUUUGGAUCAGGUGCACUGCUUAGGGAUUCUCCGUACACAGAUUUUGAUGGUACACGGGUCUAUAGUCCCCCUGAAUGGAUAAAGUAUCACCGGUACCAUGGCCUCCCGGCUACCGUGUGGUCCCUGGGAGUGCUGCUGUACGACAUGGUGUGCGGGGACAUCCCUUUUGAACACGACGAAGAGAUCCUUCGUGGGAAACUCCACUACCGCUGCAGAAUAUCCUCAGACUGCGGUCACUUGAUUGAGUGGUGUCUCUCGCUUGCCCCCGAGAAGCGACCUUCCCUGGAGCAGAUCCUGGCCCACCCCUGGCUCCUUGGGUUUCUGGAGCAAAGCGGAUGCAAAGGGCAACAGCCGGCGGCCUCGAAAGCUGGCACUAGCCUGUGACGGUGGUGCCCUCCUCUGGACAGCCUCGGUGGGGUGGGAGGUGGCCACGGAGUGGACCAAGAGCUCCGCUCGGCUUUCCCUGCCACCGCCUCUCUGAUGUAACCACUGUCUCUUCUUCCUGCUGAUUAGCUGAGCCCCUGGCAAAGGACCAGCGAACGGGGGGGGGGCACUCCAAGUGACCUUGCCAACUAGUUAGACAGUGGGGCUGGCGUUCAGUCCCUACCCAAGACAAGAGAGAGACCAAUGGGCACUCUUCCGUUUACAUGAGGACUUUUCCUGCCCCUUCCUUUGCAUUAGUAAAGGGGUACAAGACUGGC